CAAACAAACACGCCCUCCAACCCUCAAAACCCUUCUUCUCUUUACUUCUCUCUCUAAAAAUCCAAACAAACUCUCUCUUUUCCUCACUUAUCUCUCUACAAUGGAAGACGACGACGAGUUUGGAGAUCUCUACACUGACGUCUUACGUCCAUUCUCUUCGUCUCUAUCCUCUGCUCCCCAACCUCUCUCCGCAACCUCUUCUCUCCACCGUCCGAUCGAUCUCAACGACGCAAUCAAGGACGAUGACGACGAUAUCCUCCACGUUGUUUCCCACCGUAACCCCUCUGCUCCCUCCAACCAAAAUCCAAUCGAAAUCACCGCCUUUUCAGCUCCUCAAGUUAGGGUUUUGGGAGAUGCAGAAUCUCCGAUUAAAGGUUCGAUUGCCGAGGACAGAGAUUUAAAUUUUGAUAUCGAGGAUGUUAAUACUGGGAUUCUUGAAGAUUCGCGACCGAUUAUACCUGGAUUGAUGGAGGAUGAUUCUACAAAGAUUGAAGCUUCUGCUGUGGUCAGUGGCGGCGGCGGCGGCGGAGGGGAUUGGGAGGAGGACGAGGAGAGUGACAGCGAGGAUGAUUUGCAGAUAGUGUUGAAUGAUAAUAGUCAUCCUGGUGGGCCCAUGGGGAUUGACAGAGAGAUUGGUGAUGACGACGAUGAUGAUGAGGAUGGGGACCCGCUUGUGAUUGUUACGGAUGGGGAUGGACCGAAUCAAGCCAUCGAGGAGAAGGAUUGGGGUGGCGGCGAGGAUGGGGUUGCUGCUGUAGGAGGUGGGGCGGAAGGGGAGAGGAAGGAAGGAGGAGAGGCGACAGGGAAAGGGAAUGCAGUGGUGGGACCGAAGAUUGGGUAUAACAAUCAUGGGUAUCAUCAUCAUCCGUUUCAUUCUCAGUUUAAGUAUGUGAGACCUGGGGCAGCUCUGAUGCCUGCAGCUCCUAUUGUUGGUCCUGGAGGAACUCCAGGUCAAGUUCGUCCUCCCAUGAACAUGAGUACUAUAGCUGGUCGUGGUAGAGGUGACUGGCGACCAGUAGGAAUAAAAGGUGGUCCUCAAAAGAACUUCCAUCCAGGAUUUGGAGGCCCUGCUUGGGGUGCAGGGCGGGGUUUUGGCAGUGGACUGGAAUUCAUGCUUCCUUCCCACAAGAUGAUAUUUGAUGUUGACAUUGAUGGCUUUGAAGAAAAGCCAUGGAAAUAUUCGGGUGUGGACGUAUCAGACUAUUUCAACUUUGGUUUGAAUGAAGAGAGCUGGAAAGAUUAUUGCAAACAGCUGGAACAAUAUCGACUGGAGACUACAAUGCAAAGCAAAAUUCGUGUUUAUGAAAGUGGGCGGGCAGAGCAGGAGUUUGAUCCUGAUUUGCCACCGGAAUUAGCAGCAGCAACAGGUUUCCGUGAUGCUCCAGCUGACAAUUCAAAUGCUGGAAAGUCAGACAACGCACAGAGUGAUUGGACUAAAGGAUCUGCUCGUUUCCGGGCCCAAAUACCAACUGGCAGAGCAAUACAAGUUGAAACUGGUCAUGGUGAACGCAUCCCUUCCAUUGAAGGCCGAGCUCCUCGACUUCGUGAUUCUGAUGCAAUUAUUGAGAUUAUCUGCCAGGACUCUCUAGAUGAUUCCUCCACAGGAGAUGGUGUCCAGGAUGCAGCAAAUGAUGAACCUCAAAGAGAUGACUUUAGAGGAAGCGAUGUAGCCGAAGAUGACAUGGCGGAGACAGAAAAUGAAUAUGCUGGUGAUUUUCCACAGGCUUACAAUGAUCGAAAGGGUGGGAGAACACCUCACAUGAAUUCUGCCCGCAACAUGCCUGAGGGAGAUGGGGUUUCGCCCUUCCAUCCCGAAGCAACAGCUCCAUACCCCCAUGCUGGUUCUAGGGGUCACCCUCCUUCGUACCCUGGUAGGGACUUUGGCACUCCUCGUGAGGAAAGGCAAAUGCAGGGAAGAUCCCGUGACAGAUCACCUCAUUUAACUCCUGCUCAAAGCUCAUGUGACAAGAAAUUUGUUGAUAACGCGGAGGAAGAAUCAACUGAAAGUAUGGUUGGUAAACACAGUCUGCGGGUAUCAUCUCCCAUCACAGUUCAGGAUGCAAGAGAGUUGAGUUCUGAGAAAAAAGAUGAUCCUGAGCCUUUGCAAGCUGAAGGAAGCUCUAGAUUGGGAAGGGAUGAAAUGAGUGAGAAUGAAGAAACCACUAAUGAUACUCCCAAGGAUGGAAAUAUGCACCAUUCUACUAGGAAACAAAAAGUAAGUUCUCAUGUAGAACAGCCUGCAUUGCAACAGCUUGAUGAUGAGGAAGACUCAAAGGCUGCAAGAAGCAGUGAAAAUAGCAAAGCAAGAUCAGGCAGUAGCAAAGAUUAUCAAAAAUGGAAGGAUGGUGUUGAGGAGGAGGUUGUUCAAGGUGGACGUUCUACACGCUCAGGUAGCAUCAGAAGGCACCUUGAUGAAAAUGAACAGAAUUUUCGGAGAAAGGAUCGUGAUGUGAGACACGAGAUGGAAAGAAGUCGUGUCAUAAUAAGAGGGAGGGAGGAUUCUUAUCCUCGCAGAGACUUGGAUCCUAGCUUGCCCCAUCAUUUGCAUAUGAAACAUGAGGGCUAUGAUAGGAGAAAGGAGCGAGAAAAUUCUGACAUCUCUUGGCAACAAAGAGAUGAAGAUCCACAUAGUAGCAAACAUAGAACUGAAGACAGGAAGAGGGAACUUGGAGAUGAAAUGGGAUCUAGGCACCGGAGUAAGAUUCGGGAGACUGAGAGGAGCGACAAAGAUGAACAUCUUCAUCCAAGAAAACAGUUAGAGAAUGGCAGCUACAGGAUUCAUCAUGACAAGGAUGGUAGUUCACAACACAGGGAAAGAGAUGACAGUUUGAAGAGUAGAUUUGAAAUGGUAGAUGACUACCACAGCAAACGGAGGAAAGAUGAGGAAUAUAUGAAAAGAGAAUAUGCUGAUAAGGAGGAGAUCCUGCAUGGCCACAGAGAAAAUACCAGUCGCCGCAGGCGUGAAAGAGACGAUCAGCAAUGGAUUAGAGACAAUCUUGAUGACUAUCACUCUGUUAGGCAUAAAGAUGAGGUCUGGUUCCAAAGAGAGAGGGGUGAGAGGCCGAGGGAAAGGGAGGAUUUGUAUAGGCUAAAACAAUCCAAUGAAGAAAACUUACCAAGACGGGAGAGAGAAGAAGGACGAGCUUCUGCGAGGAGUGGGCGUGGUGUGGAUGACAAAGCAUGGGCUGGCCAUCCUAGGGGGAAAGAUGAAUAUAAAGUUUCUGAUAAAGACUACCAACUUAAAGAUGCUGUUCGAAGCAGUGAACACCAGAAAAGAAGGGACCGAAUGGAGGAUGAAAGUCUUUCACAUCAUAGGGUGCGGGAUGAUGUUUAUGCACGAGGAAAUCAGUUUAGUAGUGAUGAGAGAAGAUCCAGGCAGGAAAGGUCAAGCACUCGCAUCGAUCGGACUCUGGAUACUUCUGAUAACCAGAGGGUGCAUGAGAAGAAGCAUAAAGAAAACACAAGGAAGAACAAAGAAUCUGAUGGUGGAGAUCAUGGCACUUUGGGCCCUUCCAGAAGAAACCAAGAAGACCAGAGUGGUCACAGUGAUGAAAUGAUUUUAAAACGCUCUCGUGCGCCAGGAAAUGGAGACGCUGGGAUCUCGAUCCAACGGAACUCUUCCAAAAGGCACAAGGAAGAUGCUUCCUCAGAUGAUGAACAAGAAGAUUUAAGGAGAGGACGCUCAAAAUUGGAACGUUGGACAAGCCAUAAAGAGAGGGAUUACAACAUCAGCAAGUCAUCAGCUUCCUUAAAGUUUAAAGAGAUUCAUAGGAAUAGCAAUAGCAAUGGCAGAUCCUUAGAAGGCAGUAAACUUCCCAACGAACUUCCCAAGAAAGUUGAGGUUGUUGAGAAGCGUACCAAAGUCGAGACUGUUGAGAAACAUCCUGUGAGCGAAGAGAAAGAUGUUGCUGAAGUGGUAAAUAAGGAUACUGAUAUGAAGCCAUCAGAGGACCGGCACCUGGACACGGUUGAGAAGUUGAAGAAGCGGAGCGAGAGGUUCAAGCUUCCGAUGCCAGGUGAGAAAGAUGCCCUUGCAAUAAAAAAGAUGGAGAAUGAGGCACUACCUUCUGUCAAACCCGAGACCCCUGCAGAUUCAGAGAUUAAACCAGAGCGGCCUCCUCGAAAACGAAGGUGGAUCAGCAAUUGAAAGCGAAGUUUGAGAAUACAUGUUCAAGUGCAUUGCUUUAUUAAUUUUGAGGGCCUUGUUUAAUCACCUUGAAGAUCCUGUCAUGAUGUCAUCUGCCAGUGAUUUAAGAUGGCUUCCAGGGAUGGCCAUGUGCUCUGCGACUCUGCUAAAAUCUCUGUAACCAUGUUUUGGUUCCAUACUUAUUUGACAUUUAUGUGUACAUACUGAUAGAUGUAACCUUAAACUGGUCACUCACUGAUACUGGCCCACGAAUUACUUUAUAGUAUCAAUUUGAACUGCAUUACUCAGAUUUAACCUGCAGCGGGGUGAGGGUCAAAUACCAGAUCCACAAAUGCUGUUAACACGAUGGCCCUUGCGGAAGCCAUUGCCCUUGAGACGAGGCACUAGUUCAAUGUUGGGAAUCUUCUGGAUAUGGCUAUGGGCUUGAAAGAAAUUUGUAUGGAGCACUGGGGCAGCACUUUUGUAUGCUGGUAGGGAUUUUCACGAACUGGUGAUAUUACUAUUAUCUGCAUCUUGUAUGUUGAUUAAUCAUUCCCAGCCUUUCUAUUUGGGGGCAGGAACUGGGAAUGCGAUCAGAGAUCCGUUUUUGUAUUAUAGGAAUUGAGUUAUAGGAGAUGAUCAUCAAAGGAGAAGAGAAAUAAAAUAUGAGUGGAUGUCUUCACCUUUAA